AUGAGAAGAAGCCACUCAUUCCAUGAAGAUAGGAUCAAGGAGAUGCUCAUCUUCAAUGGACCAAUCACGUUCAGCUACCCAACAGCUUGGAGAAUGGACCAAUGGAAAGGAGAGAGAGAGAAAGGGGAGAACGCCCAAGAGAGAAAAGAGGAGAAGAAGAAGAAGAAGAGGAAGAAGAAGAAAGAAGAAGAAGAAGAACAAGCUGGAGAAGAAGAAGAGAAGAUCCAGAGGCGGAUCGGGUUCGCGCUAGAGUGGGGUAGGCUAGGAACGGGGUCAGCCGGGUCGUCUAAAAUCUGUAAUCUUCGGGGAAGGUUAUGCUGGCAGAUCUCUUUUGUGUGUAAGAUUGUGAUGGGUAACCUUCGGGGAAGGUUAUGCCGUCAGAUCUUGUUUCAUGGCUAUGCCGCUAAACCUCGAGUGCAUGCUAACAUGGUGGUGCGUAAGGCCCAUAUGUUGAGUAUGACUCCGAUGUGGAAAGAUCACGGACGGCUGAGCCGCCAGAUCUUUCGAGGUUCGUGUGGGUACUCUUCCGAGGCAAGGGAAGCUCUGCCGCAGAACCGAGGGUGUAGUCAAGCGCAUUCUCGCACGUCAGAGCCCAACCGGAUUGGCAGCGUGGAGGCUGUGCAUGAAGGGAGGAAGACUCGGAGGAUAACCUGGUCAGCUGCCUUGGCCGAGUAUGGUACCAUAUGA